UCCAAAAUUCAAUCCUUAGAUGGAAUUGGCGGGAAUUUGGCACUUGCAAAUUCUCAAACCCACCCUCCACGACAAGUCCCAUUCCCGCUCCUCCUCCCCCCUUCUCUCUCUCCUCAUCUCUGCAAAUCUUCUCCAUACAGACAUACAUAUGCAUACACCUUCACUCUCAAGAUCUGAGACCUCCAUGGAAGCUCAGCUCACAAAGUCAACCCUCACUCCAUUCACCACCACAGACCUCCACAAAGCUUGGCACCUCCUCUCUCUCCUCCUCAGAAUCGGCCGUCCUUCUCCUCCUUCAGAGCUCGCUUCCCAAUGCAUUCUUUUCCCAGUACCCCCCGAUUACAUCAAUUACCUCUGUUCGAUCUCCAAUUCUCCAAUCUGCUUCAACAAUGACCUGUUUGUUAUACCGUCGCUUGUUGUCUUCGUAGCUUUUCGGAAGUUUUUAUCGAAUUUGAAUGCAAUUGACGCGUUUGUGCCUCGGAUUGGGGUCGGAGGUUUUAGAGUUUGGGAAGAUGUUGUCAGGACGUAUAGUAGGAGAAGGAAGAGGCUCAGAUCGGAGUUUGAAAUUAUGGCGGUGGAGAAAAAGAGAGCGGUUUUGUGUUCUGUAGAUGAGGGAAAUCGAAUUGUGCCAAUUUCAACUCCAAGUGAUUAUAGUAAGGUACAGUUUCCAAAGGGAGACAAUAUGACCAGAGGAAUUGAUACACGGGCAGGUGAUAUUUCAAUCAUGAAACUUGAAUCGGACAAUUUGAAUAGAGUGGUUGAGAAGGUUCCCUUCUCAUUCAAUCUCAAUGCUGGACUGUUGAGUUAUGGACUGCAGAAAAUUGAUCUUGAAACCAGUAAGGAAACAAGUAUAAUCUUUGAUCGUCUGAAGGAGCAUCGAUAUGUGUAUAAGCCAGAAUGUCAGCAUAGCUUUCUCAGUUUUGAAAAUUUUCCACAUAUUCUUUAUCCAAUAACAGUAGAAAAAAUAAAGACAUGUAUGCUUCAUCCAGAACAAUCUAUCCAUACUACAGAAGAAAAUUUGGCUGUGUGGAGAGAAACUAAGAUGGAUGAGACAAGCUUUAGAAGUAGAACAAGUUUCAAUGCCACAUCAUGCACAAAAGUAGAAGAACAGAGCAUAAUUUCGCCAGUGGAGGCUGGGAAUGUUGGUCAUGCCUUUAAAGAUAAAAAUAUCAGAAUAGUUGAAGAUGAAAGAGUUGUCGAUGGCAAAGAGCAAAAACUGUUAAUUGAUUCUAUUUUCCAUAAAGAUGAAAUUGAAUACGUGGUCCCAGCAGUUAAUACUGCUGAAAUGGUCAUGUCACAUGAUGCCAAAAGAAUGAAAAAGGUAAGGUGCAUUGAUAUGAUUCCUUCUCUGGAUAGAAAGAAAGCAACGGCAAAUGCAGAGAAUAAGUCUAUUUUAUCAGUAGGCGAGCUCUCUGUUAUGCAAAAGCAGCUGAUGAAAUCCUCCAAAUCAAAGACCUUUCAGAAGGAUGCACUAUAUCCUAAACAGCAAGCUCUCUGCAAGGCAUUGGGCAAUAGUAAGGCUGUUGAUUCUCCUAUAGAGCAGCUGCAAUGUACAAAAGAUAGAAACACAAUACCCAUGAAGCAGAAGUUAAAGCAGAAUUGUGAACAAAAAAUGUACACUAAAAAGGUGGAAAAUUCUAAAGAAAAAAGGGACAACCCUAUUGCCAUCGCUCUCAAUGAACCAAAACCGCUACCAAAUUUUGAAUCUUUUACCGUGGAGGAAGAAGAAGGUUCAGGUGGUUAUGGCACAGUCUACAGGGCUCAGAGAAAGAAUGACAGAGUGACAUUCGCUAUUAAAUGCCCUCAUACAAAUGCUAACAGACACCAUGUUCAUAAUGAGAUGAAGAUGCUGGAGCAUUUUGGGGGUAAGAACUUUGUCAUAAAAUAUGAAGGCUCUUUUAAGAGUGGGAAUUCUGAGUGCCUUGUUCUAGAGCAUGUUGAGCAUGACAGACCAGAGGUCUUGAAGAGAGAAAUAGAUGUUUUCCAGCUGCAGUGGUAUGGCUAUUGCAUGUUCAGAGCACUUUCAGGUUUACAUAAGCAGGGAAUAGUUCAUCGAGAUGUUAAACCUGGCAACUUUCUUUUCUCUCGUAGGGCCAAUAGAGGUUAUCUCAUUGAUUUUAACCUUGCCAUGGAUCUGCACCAAAAGCAUGGAACUAUUGACAAAUCAAAGGUGGGCUAUGAUGUGAGUUUCAAUCGUUUUCCACAUCCACUUGACCACUCCAAAACACUUCCUCCUAGCAAUCAUAAGUAUCUGAUUGGUAAAUCUUUGGAAACAAUCGUCCAGGACACAGGAAAAGUUUCCAAGCCACUGUUAUUACCCAGGAACCUGAAAAAGAAAGUUGUGGACCAAACAAAUGCCUUUUCUGACUUGGGCAAUAGAAAUUUGAUGAAAAGCCAAGGUGCAGAUGGCUCUGGGAUAACGUCAGCAAAGGAUGCAACAAGCACUAGAACUCCAUCAACAGAAAGGUUUAGGGAACCCAUUCCUUGCCAAGGUAGGAAGGAGCUUAUCAGCCUGGUUCAUAAAGCAAUGCAGAAUCCAAAUUAUGAAUCACAAAGUGUUCCAGCUUCUAAGAGAAAGAGGAUUGCUGCUGUUCCAGGAAAAGUGAACAGAAAACUUGUUUACCUUACUCCAAUGCCACUGUACUCUUCUGGCAUUGCUGUUGCGGGUGCUGCCCUGGUAAAUAAUAAAGGGAAUGGAAAGCAAAAGAGAGAAGGCCCUUGUGUUGGAACGAAGGGCUUUCGGGCUCCAGAGGUAUUGUUCAGAUCACCACAUCAAGCGGCCAAAGUUGAUAUCUGGUCUGCCGGGGUCACCUUACUUUACUUAAUGAUUGGAAGGACACCCUUUACUGGUGAACCCGAACAGAACAUAAAGGAAAUUGCAAAGUUGAGAGGCAAUGAAGAUCUCUGGGAAGUGGCCAAACUACAUAACUGCGAAUCUUCAUUUCCAUUGGAUCUUUAUGAUGUGAAAUUCUUGCCAUCUAUGAAACUGCGAGAUUGGUGCAAACAGAACACAAAAAGACCAGAAUUCUUCGAGGUCAUCCCAAGAUCACUCUUUGAUCUUGUGGAAAAGUGUCUGACAGUGAACCCGAGAUUGAGAAUAAGUGCAGAGGAAGCACUCAGGCACGAGUUUUUCACUCCAUGCCAUGACGGCCUAAGAAACGAGAGGCUGCUCAGGAAGGGCCUCAGCUUGGACUCUGGGACAAGCCAUUUUUUGCAUAGACAAACAGACUUGUGAAGGUUUUUCAUGAGAAAAUUCAGCUUUGUAGAGGCUUCAUUUUUUUUUUCAAUAUAUUGUAAUGUUGUAAAAUAAAAUUAGUCAUGUUCCCCCCAUUUCCUAAGAAAUUCCUUGUUAACAAGUUGUAAGGUUUGUAACUAUGUCAAACUGUCAAUAUUUGAAUUAAAUAUUAACCUAGACACAUUUUAUGAACAUAUGUUCAGUGCGUUU